UCUGGAGUGACUGGAUUUGAGUGUCUAGCGUUAGAUUUAUGUUGCAGUAAAUCAACAUGUUAAUAUCAAAACAUCUAUUCUUAAAGUGGUGAUGACGUAGUAAGAACAACCAAAGUCCAGAGGCUCGGGUGUUGUUGAGGCGUCAGAGCUUCAUCUCGUGUACGAAACUCGGAAAAACGCUUUUAUCACGUAGUCAACGCUAAACCGUACUGUUAAUAUCCGUAGAAGAUGCACGAUACUAGCAGAUUCGAUUCAGCUUAAAUAAAUUAAUGUAUCAUACUAGGGUGAGUAGUAAAAGUACGGAGUUGGUGAGGUAUAGUUGCUGUUGCUAAGAUAGCUAACAGUUGGAGCUGCGCAGAGUUGUAUCCCCUGUUGGAACAGGAGUGAGGAGAGGACGAGUAGCUGCUUGACCCCUUUCAUGCUUUGAAUAUGUUAAAUUUCAUCAACUUUUGGUCUCCAAAAUCUUCGGACACAUGGUGAAGAGAAAGAAGACGUCGUCAGCUGUCGACGAGCUGGAAAAUGGGAUGACAGUGGGCCAAGGGGAUGUUUCCGGGGGCGAGGGGCCAAAGAAACCUGCCCGCAAGCUGGAGGGUUGCGAGGAGGAGAGCGGAGAUCAGGCGAGCGAGGAGACGAGUACAAAGAGAGACGAAGAGGAAAUUCUUAAUCCAUCAACUGCAGCCAGCUCCAGUUUGACUCCGAGUAUUCCCACCUCAACACCGAACCCGUCCGGACCCCCAGCGAACUUGCAGUCCAACACUUCGCCUCCUGCCGUCCCACAGAACCAGGAUCAGCAUCAUUUUCUCCGUUCCAGUGUGCGACCUCCGAGCAAGCGGCUCCGGAAGGAUCUCGUUGCCCCUGCGCUGAACGGGAACGGCGGGGCGAAAGCGAAAGGGGCCGAGGCUGGUCCAGCAGUGUGUGCGGCUACCACAGCAGGCCCUAUAGGGGGAUCAGGGGCUGGAGGCAGUUCCCGAUCAGGCCCACGAGGCCAGAGCUCUGGGGAGAAAGAGGAAGGCGGCAGUCAGAAACGGACCCGCAGACAAUGGGAGUCCUGGAGCACCGAGGACAAAAACAGCUUCUUCGAAGGCCUUUACGAGUAUGGGAAGGACUUCGAAGCCAUUCAGAACAACAUAGCACUGAAGUACAAAAAGAAAGGGAAGCCAGCCAGCAUGGUGAAGAACAAGGAGCAGGUUCGCCAUUUUUACUACCGGACCUGGCACAAGAUCUCCAAGCAUAUUGACUUCAACAAUGCGUACUCUCGUCUUCUCAAGAAGUCCUCUCAGGAACUUUAUGGUCUCAUCUGCUAUGCUGAGCUCAGGAAGAAAGUCGGAGGCUUGAUGGACGAUAAGAAUGUUGCAAAACUGAAUGAGCUCAUUCAGCAGGGAGCCACAACAGUGCGUUCCAAAGGCAGAAACCUGCGCAUUAAGGCCCCGAUGUGCCGAGCCCUAAAGAAAUUGUGUGACCCAGAUGGAGUGAGUGAUGAGGAGGACCAGAAGCCUGUCCGACUGCCACUGAAGGUUGCCGUGGAAUUGCAGCCGCGCAGCAACCACUCAUGGGCUCGCGUUCAGAGCUUGGCACACAAUCCCCGCCUCCGGAUGGUUGUGGAGCUCCACAGGAAGGUCUCCAGCCUGAUUGAGUUCCUGAAGCAAAAGUGGGCUGUGCAGGACCAGCGAAUUCGUAAGAGUCUAGAGGAGCGGGAAGCUUUAGAAGGUGCCCCCAAGAAGGCGGACGCCGAAGAGCUUCUUCUGUUCCCGGCCGAGAGCAGCACGGUGACUGCACUCCCCGGCGUGGCACGCGUCGUCCACUCCAAAGCCUCAUGCACCGUGCACUGGCAAGAGACGGGCAGGAGCCGCCCAGGCUCCCGAGACCUGCCCACCGCCCACAUCCUGGGCAUCCAGCCGGGGGGCCGAGGAGCGGGGCGCCCUGGGAAGGGUGCAGCGCCCCCUGCUGUUAAAGCAGAGGGACCAAGUCAGGAGGCCACGGAGAGUGGCUCAUCAGCAGCAGCAGCAGCAGCAGCAGCAGCUGGGAGUGGGGGAGAAAGUGCAAGCACUAAUACUAACCCGACUCAGAGCUCUGCCGCUGUGCCGGUGCCUGCUCCCCACCUUACACACUCCACGUCCCCUGCCACCACCCCGUCACUCCCAGCCGAGCAGAGCGCCGGAAAGGGACCCGCCGAGGCGGAGGGGGCCGGUGCGCAGGCGGACGCAGACCUCAAGGAGAGAACCUCCGCCGGUCAGAGGGACUCGGCUCCCGCUCCUGCAGAGCAGGGCAAGGAGGAGCCCACUGCGGGCGGCGUGGUGUCUCCCGACCGCACCGCCGGCCUCGCUGUUCCACACGCCACACUACCGGACACCUCCACACGGGCGGAAGGGGACAGCAGCAGCGCUCCAAACAACAGUGGUGGCGGCGGUGGCAGUGGCGUACCGACUGGACGCUCCCCAGAAAGGAUCCGCGAGGAGGGCUGGAGUGCCCAGGAGGCGGAGAACGUGACGCUGGCCGAGCUCUACCUGAUGCUAGGCAAGCCGGGCAAACUGCAGCUGGAGUACGAGUGGCAGGCCCGGCCGCCAGCACCCGUCACCACCCCGCCCAACACACACAGCGUGCUGCGCUGCCUCCUGCGCCUUGUUGCCUCCGAGGUCAACCCCAAGCCGGCUCCGGAGCUGUGUACAGUGGGGACAUCCCCGGUGAAGCCGGGCCAGGAAGAGCAGCCCCUGUCUCUGACGCCCCCGGGCAAAACCCCCUCGGGCACCAGCCGUAGUCCCAGCUGUGGACGCCAGCAAAGUACAACACGCAACACCAAACUGCUGCUGCCUAACGCGGUCACAACAGGUGGGCGAAACCUGCCCCGCUCUCUCCUGGUGUCCAGCGGUGAUGGUGACGGGGGCGUGUUCGCCGUGCCAACCAUGCUGCCGCCAAACAGCUCGCGCCUCUCGCGCAUGUUCUCCCCCAACAAGGAAGCCCAGCUGGCCCUUAGACAGCAGCUGGACUCAAUCAGUUCUGACUUUUUGCUGCCGAAGCAGAGGAAGUUGGGCAGGAGUCGACCCCUGAGGAAGCCUCUGGUUGUCCAGAGAACAUUGGUGCCGCGGACAACCGGAGAUGCGUCACAGCACGUCUGUUCCUUCUCCAUACUCUCCAACUCCUCAGCCACAGGAACGGGUUCCUUCCGGCCCAUUCAGCCACGUGUUCCUCUGGCCCGACCUCUCGUUACCAAAACCACAGCCAGUGCACCAAGCCCUUCACCCUCCACCGAACUGUCCAGCGCGAUUGACCAGGCAGCCAAGUCGGCGGGCAUCAUUCCAGGCAGCCCCUGUGGGGAGAUGGAGGCGGCAGCUGUAGAGGACGCCCUCCUGGGGCCUGAUGGAGACGUGUCCCUGGUGCCAGCCCAGCCACAGCCCCAACCACAGCCUCAGACACAGCCACAGACGAGCAUUCUCCCUCAACAAGCAGAGGAAUCUCUGCAGACCAGCCUGCCACCUCCAUCCCCAGGUGGUGCGGACUCCCUGCUCGCCCCGCCCAGCGUCGCCUCCCUAUUGGACAUCUCACUUCCUGGUCCCCCAGAGGAGUCUCUCCCCUCAGGAGAGGCCCAGACCCACAUCAGCGACUCCAUCAUCGAGCUCGCCAUCAACUCGGCCCACUUCGGGGAAGGACCAUCUCUCUCUCCGGCCAAGCUCAAUGGGACAGACACGCCCAAACUGCUGCCCUCUCCCUCCAGUAGUCCAGCUCAUAGCUGGAUCCCCUCGCCCACACACGACCCCCAGUGGUACCCCAGCGAUUCCACCGACUCCUCACUGGGUUGCCUGCUGUCAAGUCUGGUGUCUCCUGAAAAAAAUCGCCGGACACAACACCCCCGUGUGGGCCCAUCCAGUGGUACAGCCCUCCUGGGCCCCAGCUUGAUGGACUCCAAUUCCCAUGAUUCAUUUCCGGCCAGAGGCCUUGCAGAGGUCGAUACCCAGCUGGCCUGCAUGAUGAGCGAGAACAGCGUGGACUACAUUGCCCGCUUCAAUGACCUCGCCCAGGAGCUGUCCGUCACGGAGCCGUCCCUCCCGCCCCCCGGGGUCUGAGGAGACGGUCUGAUGUCAAAGCUGCCCAGUCAGCAUCCUGGGAGCUGAUGCCUCUAGGGCAGGGCUGGGGACCAUUCUGUCUCUAAAUCCCAAGAGGUUAUUCCAUGUAUGUGGUUUUGUGACAAACCUGGGUAAGUUAAAUCGGAGUAUGUGGUAAAUGUGACCAGAACAGCCAUAUGGCUUUCUUCGCCUAGCAAAAUAAAGCCAUUGGUCUCUGCUUUUAGAAGGUUUAGCGCUUACAAUGAGUUAACUUAUUCAGGUAGUUGUCACUAAGCCACAUGCUUGGAAUACGCCCCAGGUGUCCUUGGUUAGGCCAGAGGGCCACCUGACUGACCACAGAAAGCUACAAGGGUGAAGUGUGCGACCGUGAGCGAGUGUUGCAGAAAGUAGGUGUCUUUUGGGGUGGGGGGGUUGAAGAAGUGCAAUAGUGUGCCAGGAUCCACACCACCUGACCUGACCGCAUAUAUAUGUGUGUGUGUGUAUGAAUGGGAGAAUGACUGACGAUUCUGAGAGUGCUCAGUGAGCCGCCCUCUGGAAACACUUUAAGCAAAACUCUGUUUACAAAAGUAACCUCAUGUACAGAAAACCCCUUGCCUGCCAUAUCUGAACAAAGAGCUUCCCCUCUAUACAUCUGUUUCACUGUCUGUCUCUCUGCCUGUCUGUAAAUGUCCGCUUGUCUCACUGUCCCUCCUAGUUGCCUGAAUCUGUGUGUACAUUUUGUUUGUGUGUGAGUGUAUGUGUGUCCAAAAGUGUAUGAAACUGAAAUGAUUGUGUUGGAAGUUCUCUUUGUCCUUUUCCCUCCCAUGUUGCAGCUCCAUCUUUCUCUUUCCGUCUCGUGACCCUCCUCUUAUUCUGGCCUUGCCUAGCUGAAAUCCUCAGAUAUGCAGUACAGAUUACUGAAGUUUAGAGCUGAUUUUUAUACCUGUGUCCACUCCCUGAAGGACAAUUAUAGAAUGACAUCCCAGAGCUGGGUUUGACCAGGACAGGAAAUUCUUUGUGUGUGUAUGUUUGUGAGUGUCCAUAUGUCCUCUCUGCAAAGUAGAAAUCUCCUUGAUGCAGAAACCAAGUUUUAAAAGCCAUAUGACAAGAUUCUCAAGCGUAUGUGUGCGUGCACACACCUGGCCCUUCCCCUAACUUUUCCAUCCAGGCCACAUAUCUGCUGUAAUCUCACAUCUCUCUCUGUCUGUUUUACAAUUGACCAAUUUCAGGAACACUAAUACAAGGGAGGGUCCAGACUUGCAAAACAUUGGAUUAGGCAGGACAAGGUGUGACCCUAAGAAGGAGUUGGUCAAUUCUGAGCAUUUGUGGCUCUCCUAGAAAGCAACGAGUCACCCAAUUUUAGCUUUGGGGUCGGAUAUUCUAGCACCCCAAAUUACACAAUGGCCGACAUAUUAUAGGUUUAGCUAGAUAGUAAUUUCCAUAAACACAGCCAUACUUUUAACACACACACACACACAUAUUGAGAUAGGUGUAACAGUUCAGAAUCAGAAUACAGAUAUUACUCAUUCUCAGGAAUACAGCAUCAACCAACACUCCUCACACACAUUCUAAAGCCUUUUAAUUUAAUUUACAAUCACUAGCACAUACACUUGUACACUACCCAAGAGGGAGAGCCUGUACCCCUAAAGGCUGCAGUCCAGUUCCACUUGGGAAAACACAAAGGCUUCCCCCUCUCUGUCUGUCUUCUGUUAUAACCUGGCAGCAUUGUAAUGUAAUCAAGUCAAACGGGUCCUAAUGUUAACUUUUAAUUGCAUACACAGACUUGCAGAUAUGCAGCUCAUAAUGGAAGGGUCAUCAUAGUGUGUGUGUGUGUGUGUGAGAGGGAGAGAGAGAGAGAGAGAGAGAGAGAGAGUGUGUGUGUGUGGGUGGGUGGAUGUACAUGUGUACAAAAGAACACUGAUUCCAGUAUUCACUUCAUAUUUGUAACAUACUGUAAAUGUUAUUUGGACUAUUUAUUGAUAACCAUUGAAGGUGUUCCUGUUUUAAGUUUUUGUUUGUUUUAAUUUAAUAUAAAAGGCCUCUAAAACAUACAUCCCUGCUGUUUUAAAGAUCUCAGUUUGUAAAAUUGUUUUUACUCGUGCUUAUAAAUAGACACU